AUGAUUAAAUCAAGUACGCCUAUCUGGACUCUACUGUUUUCAUUCUUAUUUGGCUUUGAAAAACCAAGAUUACGACUAGUUGCAAUUAUUACUUGUAUUAUCUUUGGUGUCCUAUUAACGAUUGAUGGAGAACCACAUAUUAAUUUACAAGGAUUUACUCUCGUUUUAGUUGCAGCAAUUUCAUCUGGUUUACGAUGGAAUUUAACUCAAUUUUUAUUGAAGGAUAGCAAUAUAAGCAAUCAUGGUCCACUUGUAAUUAUGUAUCAUUUGAGUCCAGUCAUGUUUAUUACAAUGCUAUCAUUAAGCUUAUAUAUAGAGCAACCUUUCUUUUAUCAUCAUGAUUUUACAACCGAUUCCAUUCAUACGAUUAAAGAAAUAGUUAUAUCUAUAUCAAUUAUGUCUGUAGGAGGGAUAUUAGCAUUUCUCAUGACAUUAUCAGAGCUUUAUUUGAUCAAAGGUACAAAUACAGUGACUUUGAGUGUAGCUGGUGUCGGCAAAGAGAUUUUUAUAAUUGGUUUAUCCGUUAUUAUCUAUGGUGAUGUCUUAACAUUAAAGACUUAUUUAGGUUUAUUUAUCUCGAUUAUGGGAAUAAUAGGUUACAAUUAUUAUAAACAUCAGAGCAAGGAUAGUCAUAAAGCAUGCCCUGAUAAACAAAAAAGAUAUUUAGAAUAG